AUGUAUAAAUAUGUACUAUUAUUUCUAAUUUCUUUUCUGUACAUUUUUUUACAAUAUAUAUCUAAAUUACAAGAUCGAUCAUGGAUACUGCAUCUUGAUAAAUAUUGUUCAAGGAAAUUAAGUGAGCCUCAAUAUCCCGAUAAGAAAAUAUUAAAACUUAAUAAUCCGAAAAGGAAGAUAACUAAAGAAGAAAUGGAGUCGAUGUGGUUACGGUAUAUCUUAUAUAGAGAAGAAAAAAGUUGUGAAAUUAUUUAUCAAAUAAUUGAAGAAUGGAAAUGUAUGAUUGAAAUUAACAAUAUAGAUAUAAAAUGGGCAAAAAAAAUCUUGAAUAUUUGGUGUAAAGAAUUAGCUAAGGAUUUAUUGAAUGAAUAUCUUGGAGAAUAUAGAGAGAUGGAAGAAAAGGAAAAUGAUGCAUAUACUGUUGAAGAUCAUUUAAAUUUUUUAAACGAAAAAUUAAUUCAGUGGGAAACUAACAGAUAUUAUAUUUUUGAUAAAUGGAGAACAGAUAUAUUUUACAAAACAAAAAUAUACAAAGAUAAGGAUAAUAUUAGAAAGGAUAUAAUAAAAUGCGAUAAGAGGUAUAUAAGUGAAAAGUGA